CAUCUCGGGCAGUGACUGCUGCUGACUCUGGAUGGAGGAUGGCAGCCAGUACUCCACCCCCCGCAGAGACCCAGGAUAAGCCCCCACUCACCAGGAAGCAGUGUAAAGCCCUGGAGAAAAGCUGUAUAUCCAGCUCGGCACCGUGGAAUAAACCCAGCCUCAGUGAAUUCCAGAUGAUGGAUUUUGAAGAUUCAUUGAGCAGCUGUCCGAGUCGGAGCGGUCCAUCUGCAAUGAAGCCUAAUCUAAAGUCAAUGCAGAGUCUGCAAGAGUGCAAACAGCUUCUUCAUGAACUGGCAGACAAGGUCAACAACAUCAGCCGGGGGAAGCGUGGCAUGAAGAAGGCUGCACCAGAAGGGAGAACCAAAGAACCAGGCAGCCUAGAGACCAGCAGGAGUCUGAUCCUCCAGUGGGCCGAGGAGCUGGAGCUAAACAUGGCAACAAAAGAAACCAAGCCAACAGAUGAAAAGACAGGAAGAAGAGACAAUGAUGGAGGAAAGAAAGAGAAAACAGAGAUGGAAAAUCAAAAUGAAAAGCUUCAGCAGUGGGCAGUGGAGCUGAGGAACAUCACAGAGGCUAACGGCGUGUCUGAUGAGGAGCUGAAGAAGCUGCUGUAUCCCAGAGGACCGAAGGAGUCGAGGAUAGCCGCCAUUCUUCCGCUGCUGGAGUUUGUGGCUUGGUCCCUGUUAUCAGAGGACACUGAGGAGGCUGUGUCAAAGCUGUGGCUGCCGACCAAACAAAAGGCCUGGAGGACAGGAACCGGAAGCCCCAGAUACAUCCCUAACUCAGUGUGGCAGUGGAUUCGGAGUGCCUCAGUGUCUGUCCAUUUGGACGUCAGCACCAUCACUUCCUGGCUGGCUGUGUCCUCAGACCGCCUGCAGGUCCAGGAGGCGGCAGCGUGCUCCCCUGCCUCCUUGAACACAAGCCAGCGUUCGGCUGAGUGGCCCUACGUGCUGGGUGACACCAUCAUCACCGCGGGGAGACACUACUGGGAGGUGGAGGUGUCCCCUAGCGGCGGCUGGAGAAUAGGUGUGAUGUCAGAGUCGGCUCCCAGGAAGCAGAGGUCCCCCAUUUCCCCAGGGAGAGGGUACUGGACCCUGUGGAAGAGCUCCUCCUCUUUGUGGGCCUGCACCGAGGAGCCCACCAAACUGCAGAGAGCGGCCGUGCCCCGACUGAUCGGGGUGUAUGUGGACGUGGGGGAGGGUCAGGUGUCUUUUUAUGAUGUCGAUCGAAGGGUUCACAUUUUUACUUUCUCCGAUACCUUCAGACGCAGUCUCGUCCCCGUGUUUGGCUACUUGCACAAAAAAACGGUCCUUAAAAUCAUACCAGCAGAGAUGUCAGUCAAUGCCAGAAACAUGUAGGAUGUAGAUACGGACAUCGGUGAUGAAGAUAACAUGUUCUCUUUAAUUAGCCUCCUUUAAGAUUCUUUGGCACAAAUGACUAGAUCAGAAAAGUUGAUCGUAGAAUAAGAGUAUGGAUCAUCUCACUACUUACUUAUCUCACCUGCGAAUGUCUGCACUUUGUUAAAUUAAAUCAAAUAAAUUAGAUAAUAUACGGUUUUAUCCAGUUUGUUUAACAGAAACACCUUCACACAUUCCACAAAUUCUCAAAGGCAAAUACAUUUUUUAUUUGUUCUAAUACAUACACUUAUUCCAUAAUAAUCCAAGGCAUUAUCUGGGGUCAUGGAGGCCUUGAGCCUCGCCUGACUAACACCCUGGACAGGUCACCAUUGUAUCACAGGGCUGACAUACAAUGUCCAAGUUUUGUUAAUGUUCUAUCAUUUUCAGUGUAAUGGGAUUUUUUUUCAAAAUAAAAAUAAGAAUAAUAACACUAUUUACUAGUUAACACUGUCGGAAGUUACUAGUUGCAUGUUAUGGAGUCGCAAAAUCGAAUUAGAAAAUGAAUGUCAGUGAUGGUUAUUGAGAAAAAAUCUGUAAUUAAAUUACAGUUACUAAUUAAAAUGUUUUAUUGAAUACGUUUUAAUAAAAGUU